CCGGCGGGGGAGCUGCCGGCCUCCCUCGCCCUUCUCGCGGCGGCGGCGGCAGGAACUUUGGCCGCCGCCUCCCGCGCGCCCUCGCAGCCCCGAACAGCCCCAGGAUUGAGAACUUGUAGUGCCCCUGACCUGUGGGGCGGGGCUCAGCGCUCCUGCCCUUGGCCCGGAUGGGUGUACAGGCUGGGACUUGGGGCUCCUGGAGUUAAUGUCCAACUGGGGGUCUGCGGAGACCGGAUCCGAGGUGCCGCCGCGGGACGGGACUCUAAGAUGAAGUUAUGGGAUGUCGUGGCUGUCUGCCUGGUGCUGUUCCAUACCGCGUCCGCCUUCCCGCUGCCCGCCGGUAAGAGGCCUCCCGAGGCGCCCGCUGAAGACCGCUCCCUCGGCCGCCGCCGCGCGCCCUUCGCGCUGAGCAGUGACUCAAAUAUGCCAGAGGAUUAUCCUGAUCAGUUCGAUGACGUCAUGGAUUUUAUUCAAGCUACCAUUAAAAGACUGAAAAGGUCGCCAGACAAACAAAUGGCAGUGCUCCCCAGAAGAGAGCGGAACCGGCAGGCCACAGCCGCCAACCCGGAGGGUUCCAGAAGGAAAGGUUGGCGAGGCCAGAGGGGCAAAAAUCGGGGUUGCGUCCUAACGGCCGUCCAUUUGAAUGUCACUGACUUGGGUUUGGGCUACGAAACCAAGGAGGAACUGAUUUUUCGGUACUGCAGUGGCUCCUGCGACGCCGCCGAGACAAUGUACGACAAAAUAUUAAAAAACUUAUCCAAAAAUAGAAGGCUGGUGAGUGACAAAGUAGGGCAGGCCUGUUGCAGACCCAUUGCCUUCGACGACGACCUGUCGUUUUUAGAUGAUAACCUGGUUUACCAUAUUCUAAGAAAGCAUUCCGCUAAAAGGUGUGGAUGUAUCUGACUCGGCUCCAGAGACCGCUGUGUAUUGAAUUCCUGCUACAGUGCAAAGAAAGGGACCAAGGUUCCCAGGAAAUGUUUGCCCAGAAUGGAAGAUGAGGACCAAGGAUGCAGAGGAGGAAGAGGCGGAAGAGAGAGGAGGAAGGCAGCUGUUGUGGGAGCCUGGUAAAGGGAGAUCCAGCUACAGAAAACUGGACAGGAGAGAGAGAAAGCAGCCGUCUGGAUUCUCCUCCGCGGCGGCUGAUGCCACCAGAAGCUCAGGGCCGGUGUCCCUGGUUGGGUGUUGCCACUGUUUCAUCUGAUACAGUCCACCGUCACCGGUCAUGGGCGCAGAUGCGGAUGCACUAGAAACCAAACCAGUGUAUCUCCUGUGGUUUGUUUUCACAUGUCUGGAGACACCAGGGAAAUGUAAUCCUGGUGUCAUUCCUUGUCAUUAUGUUUUACUGCUGAAAGCAAGAAGUUUAUUUUUCUGUCACUCAGUGGAGACAUACCCCGGAAAGGAGGGGCGGGGGGGAGGGCGGAAAAGCAAAGACACAAGAGAUGGUAACCUUUGAAUUUGAAAGUUAAGGCCUGAGGUUUACUAUAGCCAGUGAGCUGUGAAAGGCUGGUGACUGAUUCUUAACAUGGUAUGUGGGGUGGGAAGAAGUUGGCUAGGAACCAAAAAGGCUGUCCUCAGGACUAAAAUCCAACCUGAAGGUAUUUGCUUUACGUCCUUGGAAACAGGAAACCAGUUGUGGUUUUCGGCAGCAUUCACGUAGGAGAGUGAGGGGGUUAGGCCCCCCGCUCACUGGGGCAGGAGGCCCACAGCCUGUCAGUUUACAGGGAGACAGAUGUUACAUACACCCCCGCUCCGUUUAUGCAUGGUCACCAGUGACCAGAGAAGCUACUCGAUGCAAUGCAUCUGUUUCAGAUACAGAAAUAUAGAGAAGAUAUUUAUUGAGAUUUAAGUUAUUGUUAUUUAUUACCGUUCACUAAUGAGUUUCUCUUUUCUCCCCUUAUUUAUUAAAGUUUCUUUUCAAAGGUGCCAAAGUAUAUGUGCUCACAAAAUCUAAAGAAAGGUGAUAAAGGAAAUUUUAAUUGGGAACAAGGGUCCAUGCUUUUCAAAGUAUUAAAAUGUUUUUUGCUAGGUAAAAAUCACUUACUUUACCUUUUUAAGAAAAGCUCUCAUUAAUGUCCCCAGUUUCUGCAUCUUCACUAUUUUUUCUAUUUUUACAAAAAAAAAAAAAAUGUGUCAAAAGGAACUUUCCCGACAGGCCCCCUUUUCGGAAGCAGUGUGCAGACACCGUUGGCACUUGGUUUUAUUUCUUCGUUGCUCCAUCUCUGAACAGAAAUGCCAUAUGCUCCAUUUUCUGUUGUAUUUAAGCUCUUAUUCCCCUCUGCAUAUAUCUAUCUAUGAUAUGCAUAACCAUAUAUAUGAAAGGUUAAAUUCCUUUUAGUAGGUAGUCCUGGAGUUUAUGUUGACCUAAAAGUAAAAAUCCCGUCAGGUAGCCAGGGUUUCACCCUGAGCAGAGACCCUUCCUCCAUCCUUCUGCCCACCGUUCCCGAGGAAUGGGCUGUGCCCACUGCGGCCAAGGUGUGCACUGCCGGCCUUCCGGAAGUGGGGUCUGCUGGUUGCCGUAAAAGCCUGUUGGCUGUCGUCUUAGAGCUAUAGUUGUUGUCCCUAUAUACCCCAUCCCUCCCUGUGAAGAAAGUGGCCCAGAAGGGUAGACGAGGAAGACGUGUCUGUCCCAGCCACACGCCAAGGCUUGAGUGUGCUACCUCUAAGAUGAACGUCUUGAAAGGGGAGAAAGUGAGGAUGGGAACAACCACCUCACAUGUGCCCCAGACUGUGGAUUUGCCUGGCAGCCGACCCAUGCGCAAUGCACAGGGACCUAUAAUAGAACUCGUUGCACGUUUCAUAAAAGGGAUUUUUAUCAAGGAGAUUAUCUAUCACUACCUUAGUGGCUAUUAACCCAAGAAUAUAACAGGUUUAGCAAUUCAGUGACCUUACUGGCCUCCCUCAAAUAAUCAUGUUAAUUUUACAAAGUAACCAAGAGGCAGCAGUUACCAGAUAUCCCUUCCCUCCAGCCCCAAAAGACCCAAGUUCUCCAUCAUUCUACCCCUUUCUGUCCUUUCUGCUCCCCUUGCACAAUUCAAACAGAGAAAGAGGUCCUCUCUCCCACUCUCCUGGGGCCAGAGGGUGGACCUUGCUGUUCAGAAGAGUGACAGACCCAGCAGUCUGGUCAUUCAUGAAGCACAAUUUGAAGAUCGUCUGUCUGAUUCAGACAGCCCUGGAAAGUUUGGUGGCUGGUGUCCACAGGUGUCAACUCAGCCAUCCCCAGCUCUCCACGGAGAGUCCCUGCCCAGAGGGGCUGUAAGAUUCAGUGGGUGUUGACAACUUGUUCUCAGCACCACCUAUACACCAUAAGCAGGUUUUAACUGAAACAAAUCUCUCCACCAAAUCCACAAAAGGGUAAAGUUUGUGAUUUUUCUUUAUCGUUGCGAUACCACCUGAUCCAGUAAGGAGUACACUUCUUUGGAAGUUCCAACUUCUCUGAUCCGUCUCAGUCGUUUGUGUUACUCAACCAAAGUUCUCUACAGACUUUAUUUUUGUACAAUAUCAUUUUGUAACUUUUUACAAAUAAAAACUCAUUUCUAUU